AUGCCAUUCGGAAAUCAAGAAAUUAAUCGAUGUCCUCGAUGUAAUCAAGCUGUUUUUCAUGCUGAAUCAAUUCCAGCAGCUGGAAAACAAUGGCAUAAAACUUGCUAUCGAUGUGGUCUUUGCAAGAAAGCGUUAGAAGCUAUGACAAUGGCUGAACAUGACGGUAAUGUAUUUUGUAAACAAUGUUAUGCUCGUAAAUAUGGUAUUCGUGGUGUUGGAUUUGGUGUUGGAGCUGGAGCACUUGCCAUGGAUACUGGAGAUCGAUUCGGAAAUACUGAAUCACUUCCAAACAAACCAAAUUAUGCUACACCUCCUGGUGCUGCAGCAGCAGCAAACAAAAAUAAUGCUCAUGACGAAUAA